AUGUUGCGAAUAAGGUUUGUCCCAAACACUCAGACGUAUGCAAUUACUGCGGUGUUUCUCGCAUUUAGGUUGUGGGAUUUAACCACACGCUUCACCUUCACGCGUGUUGCUGACAAUGCAACAUCGGAUAUAGUCAUCGGGUUCUUCUCAGGGAACCACGGGGACGGGGCACCAUUUGAUGGCAAUGGGGGUGUCUUAAUUAGCCCAUGCCUGAUGGAAGGUUUCAUUAUGAUGUAUGUUGCCGGCGAGAAUUGGGUGAAUGGAGCUGUCCAAGGUGGAUUCGACCUACAAACCGUUGUGCUACAUGAGAUAGGACAUCUCUUGGGGCUCGGACACAGCCAAGAUUCGUCUGCAAUCAUGUACCCUAGUCUUGCUCCGGGACAAGUCAAGAGUUUGGGCAUCGAUGAUGUUCGUGGAGUCUUAGCUUUAUACUCGUGA